AUGCCGUACAUUCACUACUCGUUCCCGAAAAGAAACACGCAACCCUUGGACGCGUCGUUCACCGCGCAGAAGGAGGGAACGAACUUGACUCAUGGAGGUCCAGCUGCUGACGACGACCGAGCACUUUUGGACACAUCUUAUGAUAAUUAUCCGCAAUUGUCCGAAGUUCUGGUCUCUCAGCUUCUGAGUGAUGUCGGCAAAGUCACCAAAGAAGAAAUGACCAACAAGGGUUCUGCACCUGCUGGGAAUAACUUUGCGAAAUCUCAACUGCUAGAUCAGAUUCAACGUGAAGUGGAAGAACUGGAAAAUAUUGUUCCGAUAACGUUACCAUCUUCAUCCGAUUUAAUCGAUUUCCAACAAGCUAAAACACCAAAGCUGCUCUCCAAGCUCGAUGCAAUCGCUGAUGUUCCGGUCGAUUUGCUUCCAAAGAAGGAUGAUCUUUCAAACAGGAUCGACAUUAUUAACAGGAAAUUAGAUGAUCAGGUGCAAGAAAUGAAGAAUUUCGAACAGAAGACUGCUGAUUUGCAAAACGUUCUCGAUGAAUGUCGUGGAAAAAUGAAAACUCGUGAUCUACCUGCACCUAUCGAUGACGUGACUAAGGAUGAACAAGAUCUGUCAGCAGUUCUUCUCGCAAUCGACUCCAUUCCACAAGAGGAUCUUUCACCAAGAAACCAAUUGGCUCGAGAUGUGAACAACAUCAAGGAACAAGUGAAGGGGCAAUUGGCAAGUUUGCGAAAAGCCUUACCGGAUGAAAUGAAAGCACGUCAACAGCAGGAUGAAGUCAAGGAUCGACUAUACGAAAUAUCGCAGAUGCUUUGA